CAACAGGUAACAAAAUCGUUUCUGUGUUUUAAAAAAGAACGACAACAUGGGACCUUUCUGAUCUUCUAGCGAUUUAUACUCCCGGUCGCACACUCAGGUCAUCCAGCCUGUUGCUCCUCGAGGUACCAAAAGGGUGUUAUAAAUCAUGCGGACAAAGAGCUUUCUCUGUUGCCGGUCCCAAAUUGUGGAACGAACUUCCAGCCGCAGUUCGACAGACAUCCUCCUUGGCAGUUUUUAAGUCCAGACUAAAGACACACUGUUUUACCCUUGCUUUUAACAGUUAGCUGUUAUUUUGGCUGUUACUACUCUUAUUUUAUCAUCCAUUGUAAGGUUUUUAUUGGUACUUUUUUAUUAGCUUGUUUCUUAUUUGUUGACUGUAUUUUAUUGCUCUGUUUUAUGUUUUUAUCUCUGUCAUUGUGCGACUGUUCAGCACUUUGGUCGGCUGUAUGGCUGUGUUUUUAAAGUGCUAUAUAAAUAAAGAUGGUAUAGUAUGGAAGACACUGCCACGUUUCAUCUUCAAAGCUCUCACUGAUGGAAGGAGGUUUUGGCUCAGAAUCUCACGAUACAUGGCCCCAUUCAUUCUUUCCUUAACACGGAUCAGUCAUCCUGUCCCCUUAGCAGAAUAACAGCCCCAAAGCAUGAUGUUCCCACCCCCAUGCUUCACAGUAGGUAUGGUGAUCUUGGGAUGCAACUCAGUAUUCUUCUUCCUCCAAACACGACGAGUUGAGUUUAUACCAAAAAGUUCUACUUUGGUUUCAUCUGACCACAUGACACUCUCCCAAUCCUCUGCUGUAUCAUCCAUGUGCUCUCUGGCAAGCUUCAGACGGGCCUGGAAAUGCACUGGCUUCAGCAGCGGAACACGUCUGGCACUGCAGGAUUUGAUUCCCUGCCGUUGUAGUGUGUUACUGAUGGUGACCUUUGUUACUGUGGUCCCAGCUCUCUACAGGUCAUUCACCAGGUCCCCCCGUGUGGUUCUGGGAUUGUUGCUCACCGUUCUCAUGAUCAUUUUGACCCCACAGGAUCUUGCGUGGAGCCCCAGAUCGAGGGAGAUUAUCAGUGGUCUUGUAUGUCUUCCAUUUUCUGAUAAUUGCUCCCACAGUUGAUUUUUUCACACCAAGCUGCUUGCCUAUUGUAGAUUCACUCUUCCCAGUCUGGUGCAGGUCUACAAUUCUUUUCCUGGUGUCCUUCAAAAGCUCUUUGGUCUUGGCCAUAGUGGAGUUUGGAGUCUGACUGUUUGAGGCUGUGGACAGAUAAUGAGUUCAAACAGGUGCCUUUAAUACAGGUAACGAGUAGAGGACAGAAAAGCUUCUUAAAGAAGAAGUUACAGGUCUGUGAGAGCCAGAGAUUUUCCUUUUUUGAAGUGACCAAAUACUUAUUUUCUACCCUGAUUUACAAAUAAAUUCUUUAAAAAUUCUGCCAUGUGAAUUCAUGGAUUUUUUUUUUUUCACAUUCUGUCUCGCACAGUUGAAUUGUACCUAUGAUGUAAAUUAUUGACCUCUGUCAUCAUUUUAAGUGGGAGAACUUGCACAAUCGGUGGUUGACUAAAUACUUUUUUUGCCCCACUGUAUAUAUAAAUACACACACACACACACACACACACACACACACACACACACACACACACACACACACACACACACACACACACACACACACACACACACACACAUAUACACAUGUAUAAUAGUAACAACAAUAAAUCUCCCAAAAUGCUAAUUUGUAAGAUUCCUUUGCUUUGUAGUGCUUUAGCCUGCUGAGAGCUUAAAAGUUAAAGAUUGUUACUGACAGCAGCUACAUCUAAGUGUUUAUUCAUUUUCCUUUUGACUGAAUAGUUGCUGAUUUUAUCUUGGAGACGUUUCUCCUCACAUAAGCUUCAGAUCUAAAGCUUGGGUUGUGAGUAGGAGGCUUAGAAGUUAUGGUCAUAAACAAACAUGCUGAUUGUGAUGGAAGUUUUUAUUGUUCCUAAAGUAGAAAUAUGUUUUUAUCUAAAUGAAGUUCAUGUUCUUGUUCCCUUUUCCCACAUCUUGUAGCCAGUAUCACUCAUGGUGUAAAUAUAAAGGUAUAGUGGUCUGUAACAUCAUGUCUGUGUUUCCUACAGAUGUUCCACAGCUGGUGCUGGUUAAAGAAGAAGAUCCUGAAGAACAGAGUGCUGGUGUGGACCAGCAGGACCCAGAACACCUCCACAUAAAGGAGGAACAGGAGGAGCUCUGGACCAGUCUGGAGGGAGAGCAUCUCUGUUUGAAGGAGGAGACUGAAGCUGUCAGGUUUCCUGUUACUGCUGUUUCUAUAAAGAGUGAGGAUGAUGAAGAGAAACCUCUGGUCUCACAGCUUCAUCAGCAGCAAAUAGAAGACAGAGAUGUUCCAACCAGCAGCUCAGCUGACCAGAUGACAGCAGAAACUGGUGGAGGAGCAGGAACUAGCAGGAACCCAGAUCUAUACCCUCAUGAUCAAUCAUCUGCUUCUUCAGAGACUGAAGUUAGUGGAGAUGAUGAUGAUGAUGAUGGUGUGAAUCUGGACUCUGAGCUGUCAGACUCUGGGUCUGAAACUGGAGAUGAAGAUGAUGAUGACUGGAAUGAGAGCAGGCCUUCUGAGUCAGAUGAUUCAAGGAAGAGAGAGGAGACGGAUGAGAAACCUCUGCUCUUACAUUUCCACAACCAUCCAAUGAAAGACGGAAGUGUCCCAACCAGCAGCUUGGCUGGGCAGAUGACAGCAAAAGUUGGUGGAGGAGCAGAAAGUAUCAAGAACCUAGAUCUGGACCCUAAUGAAAAGACAUCUGAUUCUUCAGAGAUUGAAGUUAGUGGAGAAGAUGAACAUGAUGUGAAUCUAGACUGUGAGUGUUCAGACUCUGGGCCUGAAACUGGAAAGGGAGACCAUGGCUGUAAUGAGAACAAGUCUUCGGAGUCUGAUAUUAAGACGGUCAACAAAUCAUUUAGCUGCCCUGUGUGUGGUAUACAGUUCCUCCACAAGUGGUCUCUUCAGAAACAUGUGAGAGUGACAAGUCAUUCAGCAGUAAAGUCUUCAGAGUGUUCGGUUAAUACAAAAUUUGAGAAAGAGAAGCAACAUGGAGGCUCAUGCAGAAAAUUCCAGAAACAACCGAAAUCAUUUAGUUGUGAUGACUGUGGAAAAAGAUUUAGCCAAAAGUCCAGUUUAACCCGUCAUAUGAAAGGCCACACCGGGGAGAAGCCUUUUGCGUGUGACCUCAGUGGACAAAGAUUUAGCCAAAAGAGACAUUUAAACACACGCAUGAGAGUCCACACAGGAGAGAAGUCUUUUGCCUGUGAGCUCUGUGAAUACAGAUGUACCCAAAAGGGAAGUUUAAACUCACACAUGAAGGUCCACACAGGAGAGAAGCCUUUUGCCUGUGAACUCUGUAGACAAACAUUUAGCCAGAAACGUAGUUUAAUCGACCACAUGAGAGUCCACACAGGAGAGAAGCCUUUUGCCUGUGAGCUCUGUGGAUACAGAUGUACCCAAAAGGCACAUUUAAACGAUCACAUGAAAGUCCACACAGGAGAGAAGCCUUUUGCCUGUGAGCACUGUGGACAAACAUUUAGCCAAAAGACAAAUUUAAACAGUCACAUGAGAGUCCACACAGGAGAAAAGCCUUUUGCCUGUGAGCUCUGUGGACAAAGAUUUAGCCUAAAGACAAAUUUAAAGAGACAUACAAGCAUCCACACAGGACAGAAGAAUUUUGCUUGUGAGCUCUGUGAAUACAGAUGUACCCAAAAGGCAAGUUUAAACUAUCACAUGAGAGUCCACACAGGAGAGAAGCCUUUUGCCUGUGAGCACUGUGGACAAAGAUUUAGCAAUAAACAUAAUUUAAAGAAACACAUGAAAGUCCACACAGGUGAUAAGCCUUUUGCCUGUGAGCUCUGUGAAUACAGAUGUACCCAAAAGACACAUUUAAACGAUCACAUGAAAGUACACACAGGAGAGAAGCCUUUUGCCUGUGAGCUCUGUGGACAAAGAUUUAGCCUAAAGACAAAUUUAAACAGUCACAUUAGAGUCCACACAGGAGAGAAGCCUUUUGCCUGUGAGCUCUGUGGACAAACAUUUAGCCACAAGACAAAUUUAAACAGUCACAUAAGAGUCCACACAGGAGAGAAGCCUUUUGCCUGUGAGCUCUGUGGACAAAGAUUUAGCCAUCAUACAACUUUAAAUAAUCACAUGAGAGUCCACACAGGACAGAAGCCUUUCGCCUGUGAGUUCUGUGGACAAAGAUUUAGCCGUCGUACAACUUUAAAGAAUCACAUGAGAGUCCACACAGGACAGAAGCCUUUCGCCUGUGAGUUCUGUAGCAAAAGAUUUAGCGAAAAGAUAAGAUUAAUCUGUCACAUAAGAGUCCACACAGGAGAGAAGCCUUUUGCCUGUGAGCUCUGUGGACAAAGAUUUAGCCAAAAGACAAAUUUAAACAGUCACAUGAGAGUCCACACAGGAUAGAAGCCUUUCGCCUGUGAGCUCUGUAUCAAAAGAUUUAGCUAAAAGAUAAAAUUAAACCGUCACGUAAGAGUCCACACAGGACAGAAACCUUUCGCCUGUGAACUCUGUGUAAAAAGAUUUAGCCAAAAGACAAAUUUAAACAGACACAUGAGAAUCCACACUGGCUUUUCGCCUGUGAGUUCGGUGGAAAAGAUUUACCCAAAAGAUCAAUUUAAAUGGUCACAAAAGAGUCCAUAAAGGACAGAAGCCUUUUGCUUGUGAGCUCUGUGGAUGAAGAUUUAGCUGAAAGAAAACUUCAAACGAUCAUCUAAGCAUCCACUAGGGCUGAACGAUCUAUUGCAGGGGUCUCCAAAAUUUUUUGGCCCGUGAGCAACUUUUACACAAUGAAAGUACAGCAGAGUUACUGCCAUAUGAUUUAUUUACAUUGAUACUUUCCAUGUGUGAAUGUGCUUAUGUAAAAAAUGCUAUACUUACUAUAUUAACAAGCAUUGUAUUCACAAUGAUUUACUGAAUAAUUUUUAUGGUUUUUUGGUCAUGAGAGUUAAGUUUUGCUGCGUUUAUUGCUGACAAUAUUAAGGUUGGAGGUUUAUCCUUUUUUUCUGCAUCUUGUAGGUUUUUUUCUUUGCAGAUCUGAAGGCUGUAUGUUACACAGAGCAGAGAGACAGAGAGCAAGAGACCAGAACCAAAAGAAAUGAUCACAUCACACCAAUCUUAAAAUAUUUACAAUGGCUUUCAUUAACUUACAGGAUUGAUUUCAAAGACCUUUUACUUACUUUUAAAUCAUUAAAUGGCCAACGACCUCUGUAUAUAGCAGAGAUGUUUGAAAUGUAUCACCCUUCUAAAUCACUUAGGUCAGCAGUCUGUACGAUACUGCGAAAUUUGGUAUUGAUCCGAUACCAAGUAAAUACAGGGGAUAGUAUUGCCGAUACCGGUACCAAUACAGAUACUUUUUACUACUAGUCUAGAACAUCUAGUUUUGUGGGAUUUAUUAAGAUAAAUAGGAUCAAUAAAACUUGAGUUUUCAGACAACAUUCUUAUAUUGAUGAUGGAGAAUCUUGUCUGAAAACUCAAGUUUUAUUGAUUACUUAAAAAUUUUGUAAUUUUUCCUUUAAUAAAUCAUGUGUACAAUGAUUAUAAAAUGCAGGGAACAUUUUCAGGCAAAUAAAGUUUUCAUUAGGAAACUCAAAAUGGUAUAACAUGGUUAACAAUCUCAAGUUUUUUUCUAUUUGAAAUCUAUGAAGCUGUGUGAAAAAAUUCGAAACGGCGAUCAUUUUUCGGUCUGCCAUCAUGCAGCCACAACAGUGCUUUCUGCUGUUCUAUGCUUGUCUCGUGCUGGUGCGCUUUUACUUGUUUUGUAAUUUAACGGCCAUCGACAUAAAUAUACUGGACAUCUCCUUUCCAUAGGCUCCAAUAUCACGUUUUUGAGGCCAAAUGGGAGGUGGCCACCACCGCCAUUUUGACUGUGUCACAGGUUCCGUCUAGCCUAGACAAUUCCACAAAAGGGAAGAGAGGAGGAGCUGAGGGUGGGGCUGUAAGGCUGGGAUCAACUGACGACACCCGGUCGAACUAGCUACAAGCUAACCCUGGCUAACCCAAAGCUAACACGGAGGUGGGAGCUAAGCUAACGGAGGUAGCAACCUAGCUACAACCGGAGUUAACUGUGCACAACACCAGAGCUUCUGAGUCAGAGAUACGCCGGGCUGACCGCUGGGUGAAACCGUGUGGAACACAGAGGUCUCCGAGACCUCCACAAGCUGGCAGCCGCACAGCAGACAAGCGCCGCUGCGAUCUGAGAUGCGCAAAGCUGCUGCUGGGGAGAACCGGGUGGAAAGGUUUCCAUCCCAGAGCUCCACAAGCCGGCAGCCCGCGCAUCAAACAGAAGCCACGAUCAGACAGAGAUGCGCCGAGCUGCCGGGAGACCCAGCCGGCAUUCCGCGCAGCAAACAGAAGCCGCGAUCAGACAGAUGCGCCAAACUGCCGGGAGACCCAGCCGGCAGCCCGGUGCAUCAAACAGAAGCCGCGAUCAGACAGAGAUGCGCCGAGCUGCCGGGAGACUCAGCCGGCAUUCCGCGCAGCAAACAGAAGCUACGAAGCCAGGGGAGAAACGGGUGGAAAACAUCGGUCUCCCGAGAGCUCCACAUGCCGAUAGUCGGAACCAAGCUCCACCAACAUGUUAUAUUUCAACCCAUUUUCUAAAGUGCAGCAUUAUUUCAAAUGCACUGGGUUUUACCCUAUUACAUUUAAAUUUCAUGGUUAAACAGUACAUGUUAAAAUCUAAGCUCAGCUCGGCAGUGACCUAAAAUACAUAAAUAUAAUUUUACUUACUGAAAAAAAUGAAGUGGAGACUCCUUGGACGCUCUAUUAGUGCAAUUAAGGCCACAGAAAGUCAUUUUGUCCAACAAUUGCACUAAAAAUAUCCAAAAUAGAAUACACAAACACAGAGACUCAAAAUGCCGGAGCAGUUUCCAAGCCAGACCGAGGCUCUACUGAGGCCUUUCCACGGAGCUAGCUCUGUGGUCACGUGGGUCUGAGGCGGCGGUCACGUGUGUUGGAUGCUCAUUAAUUAUACAGAAUUUUUGGCUUUUAAUACACUUAAACAGAAGAGUGAGAAAAUAAACCACCCCCCUCAGAGUUGUCAUGAGUCUAAACUAGAUAAUUUAAACAAAAAACAUGUCUUGGUACCAGGCUGUAAACAUGUUUAUUUCUGCUGUGAAAUUGGUAUUUUUAACAUGGGAGUCAUUGAGGAUUUGCUCGCUUCUGACACCAGCCCCCAGCGGAUGAGGGUGGAACUGCAAUUUUUGGUACUUCCGGGUUGGACUCCAUUUUAGAGCUCCAUUGUGGGGGCUUGGUAACGGCGGACUGCCCCGUUGACUGACAUCCGUGGCGUUCCAAUCACAGUGCUUUACUGGUUUGUUGGGCCAAUCACAGCGUAGGCGGGAUGUCCCUGCAAACAAACAUGGCUGCCGCUCGAAACGGUCCAGUCACAGGUAUCAGCCAGGUAAACUACAAAUCAAGAUGGCUGCCAUUCUGUAGUGGUCCAAUCAUGGCGCUAUAUAGAUUUCAUGGGCCAAUCGCAACACCAAAGUAGGCGGGAUAUUAUUGAAAAAAAAACGUGACUAGUCGGCGGUCAGCCACUCGUUUGAAACGGCUCUGGCAUCAAGUUUGGACUAUUAUGACUUUAGCUUUUGUUUGAGUCAAGAUCAGAUAGAAGUACAAACGUUUAAUUAGGAAAAGGAUGUGUUUUGCAUCUUCUUUGACGGAGUUUGGUGGACUGCCUUGUUGACCGACAUCUGUAGCGGUGAGUACGUCACGGCUUGCCAGGCUAGAAGAAACGGAAUCGAUACCAUCACGCAGGUAUCUAGUAAAUACUCAAUAUCAACGUUAGAUCGAUACUAUUGAUAUUUUAGAUUGAUCCGUCCAGCCCUAGUCAGCAGAUAAAUCCCAACUGCUACAACCCAGAGCCCGCACCAAGCAUGGAGAGGCUGCCUUUAGCUGCUAUGCGGUCCGUCUCUGGAACCGUCUUCCAAUAGACAUUAAGGCCUCUCCCACCAUUUCCAUUUUUAAAUCCAGAUUAAAAACUAAACUUUUUCAUGAUGCCUUCCAUUAACCUAUCCUUGCAUCUGUGCUCUACUAGGUGUUUAUCUAUGGCGCGGUAUGGGGGCCAAAUUUAAGACUACUGCCCAGCAGCAGGAGGCUAUAUAAAUUCCGAAGCAAACUACUGAUCUGAUUAAUGAUAAGCUGGCACCGGUAACUGAGAGGCUGGCGCUGCUUACUGAGGAAUAGCACCUUUACCGGCGUUGUUACUAGAUAUGCUAGGAACUAGCAGCCCUCAGCUGGUCAUUGACUGAUUCAAACACUCCCUCAGCUGUCUAUUAACAUGGAUAGGCUAGCGUUAGCCUGGAUGGGCUGGUGUUAGCAUUGGAGUGGCUAUCCAUUAGCAUGCCUAGGCUGGCCACUAGCUGGAUGUCCCACCUCCUCGAUGGACCAUUAGCAUGGAUAGGCUGGCGUUAGCAUCAGAGUGGCUAGCCAUAAGCAUGCUUAGGCAUUCCACUAGCUGGAUUUCCUACCCCCCUGACGGACCUUAAGCAUGGAUAGGCUGGCAUUAGCAUUGUAGAGGCUAGCCAUUAGCAUGUCUCGGAGAGUCACUAGUCAGUGACAAGUCAAAGUGAAUACUUGUAAUAAAGUGUAGUUACUGUGUAAAGCAGUAUAUACUAGGAAUGAUUAAUAAAAAUAAAAACUAGAAUUGAACCUGGGUUACAUGUUAAUAACAAUUUAAGAACUCAGAAACAAUAAUACACUAACUUACUAAGUAAUUACCAUGUAAGUACUAAGUAAUUAGAGCACUGUAAAAGAAAGCGCUACCAAUAAUUUUUCUUAAUAUGCUUUUAUUUUUUUGUGCUAUGUUCUGUAUAUUCUUUGAUUUUAUUUUACACAACAUGAUGUGACAUUGUAACUAUUUCAUUUCACUUGUGAUUGUUUUAACUAUGUGAAGCACAUUGGGCUACCGUUUUGUGUAUGAAAGGGGCUAUAUAAUAAACUUGACUUGAGAGAGAAUUUACAA